AUGCGUUACUGUAGGAUUUCAGAGCAGAGUGAUAUGACAUCAGGGACAACAGCUCAGUGGGAAAAUUUUGGUCCUGGAACAAAACUCUCUGUAUUGCCAUUGGAACAAUCAGUGUUGAAAGAGUCAGGGGGAGGCUCUCAUCAAGCUGGAAGCAUCCUGAAACUCAAAUGUGAAACUUCUGGUUUCCAAUUCAAGACAAGCAAACUUGGCUGGUACCUUUGGGCACCUAGUAAUGCCCCACUAGGAUUGACCAAUCUCGGCAGUAGUUCUACAGAUGUCACUGAAGACCGAAUCACCACCUCCAGGGAGGACAGUGGGAGCCGAAUUUUCCUACAGAUUAAGGACCUGGGUCUCAGAGAUUCUGGCCAAUACCAUUGUGUAAGGAGGGUAGGCACUGGAGAUGAUACAGACAAAUUGGUCUUUGGUCUCGGGACAGAUGUGACUGUGGAGACUGGACUUGGAAACCCACUGUCACCCAGCGUGUUCUUGGUGAGGAGUCAAGAUGCUAUGGCCUGCCUGAUCAGGAAUUUCUACCCCAAGGAAAUCCAUGUGUCCUUGGCAUCGUCUGGGGCUUUGAUCACAGCCCAGACUCAAACUCUGGGUCCUAUGGCCAAUGGCAAUUACAAUGCCAUCCAGAUUGGCAGGGUUGGUGAGAAUGAUACAGUAACCUGUUCAGUGAAGCACUUUGGGAAAGAGAUGAAUGUGUCCCACAAGUCAGGUCCUACCGGACCAGACCCUGGAAUUGCCUCUGGCCAGAAACUAGCUUGUUCUGAGCAGGACCUCAUGGAAGGACCUGAGCAGGGGAACAAGCUACUCUUCAGUGUACUGUUCAUGAGAUUGGUAUUCAUGAAGACUGUGGCCAUCAAUGUCCUCUUAAGUGCCAGGUCCUUGAUCUUCUGAGGAAGAACCUGAGGAAGAAGGUCCAAGAAGCUAUUGCUUGGAUUCUGGAUCUCUCAGGGGAUCCCAGAAGACUUCUGGAUAACCUCAAGAUAACUCUAUAAUGAUCCCAAGGACCCAAAAUUAUCCCUGCUACAUUCAAUCCCCUUUGAAUAGGAGAGUCUUUAGUCCUGAGUCUACAUUUUCCAUGAUAUAGCAUUUCUCAUUUCUUUAGUUCUACAAGAAAGACAAGAAAACUUUGCUGGACUCUGGGCUUCUAUGUAUUAUGGUGGUUUAUUUAAAGACUACGUAUAUAUGGAUCUGACAAUUUAGCCUUCUGUGAUGUCCUCACCUCAUCCCCAACUCCUUUCUUUCUAUUGGAAGCUGACAUGGGUCACUCAUGCCGAUGAGAAACUGACCAUAGAUAACAACAGGGAAAAGAAGUGAGAUUGUGUGAACUAAUGGAAGGAUGAUAAUGAUGAUAUUGACAAUGAUAAGAACUAGCCCUUAAAGGUUUGCCAAGUCCUUAACAAUUAUCUCAUUUUGUUCUCAGGGCUCUAUAUUAUAUCCAUACUUUGAAACAGAAGUAAACAGACAUGUCAGGAUCACACAGCUAACAA